AUGGUCUCAGGCUUAUACCCUUUGCCAAAGCCAGAUUUUCUGCUUUUGAGGGAAAAUGACAUGGAGGCUUUGAGGCAGCAGCAGAAAAGAAGAAAUGGAGUCUCAAUGAUGGUAAACAAGACUGUUCCUCGUGUUGUUUUGACACCAUUAAAGGUGUCUGAUGAGCAGUCAGAUUCGCCUUCAGGAUCCGAAUCUAAAAAUGGUGAAGCAGACAGUUCAGAUAAAGAAAUGAAACAUGGGCAAAAAUCUCCCACUGGAAAACAAACAAGUCAGCACUUAAAACGAUUGAAAAAGUCUGGUUUAGGACACUUGAAAUGGACCAAAGCUGAGGACAUUGACAUAGAAACCCCAGGAUCUAUUCUUGUCAACACUAACUUGAGGGCAUUAAUAAAUAAACAUACAUUUGCUUCCUUACCUCAGCAUUUUCAGCAAUACCUCCUGCUUCUGCUCCCAGAAGUGGAUAGGCAGAUGGGAAGUGAUGGAAUUUUACGCCUCAGUACUUCAGCUCUAAAUAAUGAAUUCUUUGCAUAUGCAGCACAAGGGUGGAAACAGCGACUGGCAGAAGGAGAGUUUACCCCAGAAAUGCAAUUACGCAUAAGACAAGAAAUUGAGAAGGAAAAGAAAACAGAACCUUGGAAAGAAAAAUUCUUUGAGAGGUUUUAUGGGGAAAAAUUGGGCAUGUUAAGAGAGGAAUCUAUGAAGCUCACUUCUGUACCAAACAGUGAUAGAGCUGACAGUAGUUCUGCAUGUGGGACCUCUGGCCUUCCAGGUUCUACUGUACAGACGUCUGUGGAAGAACAGCAGCCAAAAAGCAAGAAAAAUUCAGCAUCUCCAGAGCCUGAUUUCUGUGAUACACUUUGUCCCAUGGUGGAGGUUCCAGCUAAGGAUGAAAUGGCAGAAUCAGAAUCAGAGGAUAUCUUGAUCCCUGAGGAAUCCGUGAUUCAAGAGGAAAUUGCAGAGGAAGUAGAGACUAGUAUCUGUGAAUGCCAGGAUGAAAAUCAUAAGAUAAUACCUGAAUUUUCUGAGGAGUCUGGAAGUCCAGCCACCUCUCAUGAAGAGCCCCAAAUAGUAGCUCCAGAAGAUAAUUUGGAAACUUGUGUUAUGAUGAACGAUGUUUUAGAAACUUUGUCCCAUACUGAAGUUAAGAUAGAAGAGAAAUCAGAAUGCCCCCAGGAAGAAAUGUCAGUUGUUAUUGAUCAACUAGAAGUCUGUGACUCUCUUGAUCCUUCCACUUCAUCUGUGACUCUUCUCAAUGACACAGAACAUAAUGAACUAGAAACUGUAAUAGAGACCAACACUCCAAAAAUAAAAACAGGGUCACCUUCUAUAGAUGGCCAGUUUCCAAUUGAAGGAAUUACUGUAGAUAUGGAACUGCAGAGUGAUCCUGAUGAACAGCUUUCUGAAAAUGCUUGCAUCUCUGAAACUUCCUUCUCUUCUGAGAGCCCAGAGGGUGCCUGUACCAGCCUUCCAUCCCCAAGUGGGGAAACCCAAUCCACAUCUGAAGAAUCAUGCACUCCAGCCUCCCUUGAAACAACAUUUUGCUCUGAGGUGUCCAGCACUGAAAAUACAGACAAAUACAUUCAGAGAAAUCCCACUGAUGAGAACCUUCAUACAUCUUUGAUGUCAGAAGUAUCACCAAUAUCUACUUCACCUGAAAUAUCAGAAGCAUCUCUUAUGUCCAACCUUCCUUUAACAUCAGAAACAUCACCAGUAUCCAACUUACCUUUAACAUCAGAAACGUCACCAAUAUCUGAUUUGCCUUUGACAUCAGAAACUUCUUCAGUGUCUUCCAUGCUUCUCACCUCUGAGACCUCUUUUGUAUCCAGUUUGCCACUUCCUUCAGAGACAUCUCCAAUUUCUAAUUCCUCCAUGAGUGAAAGAAUGGUGCAUCAACAGAGAAAGUCACCUUCCAUAUCUGAAGAAGCACUUUCUCCACAGAAGAAUGAGCAUUCGAUCCCCACUAAACCCCUGGGAGAGAACCUUAUACCCCAGCAGAAGCCUCCAUCCAAUACUCCUGAACCCAUCAAAAUAGGUGGUUCUUCCAUUGCUCCUGAAGCAUUUCCAUCUGAAGAACUGUACAAUAAGACCUUGAGUCAGCAGCCUUGUAAACCACAUGUUGAACUUGAGAAGCACUACCUUUCUUCCAUCCCAGAACUUCCUUCUACAGAAACAAUGAAAGUUAAAAAUCAUAGUGUUCUACAAAGAACAGAAAAGAAAGGGGUAUCCUCACCUUUGGAAUUAUCUGUCUUUUCUGAAGAGACAGAGACUAAAGGAAAUGAGCUUCCAUCAGCUAAAUUACAGGAAAAGCAGUACAUUCCAUCAGUGGAUAAGGCUUCAUUUUCAGAAGGCUCAAGAAAUAAAACACAUAAGCAAGGAAGUAUACAGAAUCGGUUAGAGACCUCACAUACAUCCAAGUCAUCAGAGCCCUCCAAGUCACCUGAUGGGGUAAGAAAUGAAAGUAGAGAAUCAGAGAUAUCAAAGAGGAAAACUGCAGAGCAACAUGGCUUCGGAACCUGUAAGGAAAAGAGAGCAAGGAUAGAAGAUGAUCCGUCAGCACGGAACCUGUCAUCCAGUAGUCCAGUUGAGAAAGAACAGCCUCCAAGAGAGGAGCCCAGGGUUCCCCCUCUCAAGAUUCAGCUUUCCAAAAUUGGGCCACCUUUCAUUAUCAAGAGCCAACCAGUCUCCAAACCAGAGUCUCGAGCAUCCAGUAGUGCAUCGGUCAGUGCAGGAAGGAACACAGGAGCCAGGACUCUGGCAGAUAUCAAGGCUCGUGCUCAGCAAGCUCGGGCCCAGCGUGAGGCUGCUGCAGCUGCUGCUGUAGCUGCUGCAGCAAGCAUUGUCUCUGGUGCCAUGGGUAGCCCAGGAGAGGGUGGGAAAGCAAGAACCCUGGCCCACAUCAAAGAACAGACCAAGGCUAAGCUCUUUGCAAAGCAUCAAGCCCGAGCUCACCUCUUCCAGACCCCAAAAGAGACCCGGUUGCCUCCACUCAGCACCAAGGAGGGGCCUCCAAACUUGGAAGUUUCUUCUAACCCUGAAACAAAAAUGGAAGGUUCCACUGGUGUCAUUAUUGUCAAUCCAAACUGUAGAUCUCCUAGCAACAAGUCUACCCACCACCAGGAGACCCCCUCUGUAUUACAGCCACCUCUUAACCCAACUCAACUUCCAGAAACUGCCACUGACUUGUCUGUGCAUAGUUGUGAAGAAAGCAUACCUGUGUCACAUUUCUCUGAGAAAAUCGUUUCAUCUACCUCUUCUGAAAAUAGCAGUGUGCCCAUGCUUUUUCAUAAAAAUUCUGUCCCUGUGUCUGUUUGCAGCACUGCUAUGUCAGGAGCAAUUAAAGAACAUCCCUUUGUGAGUUCUGUUGACAAAUCCUCUGUCCUAAUGUCUGUUGACAGUGCAAACACUACAAUUUCUGCUUGCAAUAUAAGCAUGUUAAAAACCAUCCAGGGAACUGACACCCCAUGCAUAGCCAUUAUACCAAAAUGUAUUGACAGCACUUCUGUUCCGGCCACUACAGAGGGUGCCAGCCUAUCAAGCACCAUGGAGGAUAAGCCGUUGAUACUACCAAGCAGCAGUCCUACUAACUUAGUCUCCAGUCAAUACACCUCUGUGCCAACUCCGUCCACUGGGAAUAAUUUGCCAAACCAUCUCUCUGCUAGCUCUGUCCUGAUUCCCCCACCUGGAAUUAAUAACAGAUUUCCUUCUGAGAAGAUAGCCAUGGCUGUGAGUGAAGAACAGGCCACUGUAUCCAUGGGUACCACUGUGAGAACCACCCUCAGCUGCAGUGACUCAGUGGUGGUCACUGACUCUUUGGUUGCACGCCCACCUGUUGCAAUGUUUACUGGAAACAUGCUUACUAUAAACUCUUAUGACAGUCCUCCCAAGUUAAGUGCUGAAAGCCUGGACAAAAAUUCAGGGCCUCGAAACAGGGCAGACAAUUCUGGGAAAUCUCAGCAGCCACCAGGGGGCUUUGCACCAGCAACCCUAAAUAGAUCAAUUCCCUGCAAAGUCAUCGUGGAUCACAGCACCACACUAACCUCCAGUUUGUCUCUGACUGUCUCCAUUGAAAGUGCAGAAGCCAGCUUGGAUCUCCAGAGCCGGUCAGUGAGGACAGAAGUAUCAAUACAGCCCAUGGCGUGUCCUCAGGUGUCUGUCAUCAGCAGGCCUGAGCAGGUAGCAAAUGAAGGCAUAGAUCAUGGUUCUGGUUUCAUUGGUGCUUCUGCAGCCAAACAAGACUGUAAAACACUGCAGGCCUCCUGCACCAGUCUCCGAGAAUUGCCCCUUGUUCCCGAUAAAUUAAAUGAGGGAACUGCUCCAAGUCAUAGCUUCAUUGAGCAGGCACGAAACCCAACCACUUUCAAAAGUGAGGCAGAUACAACCUGUAGCAGCAAUCAGUAUAAACAAGGAAACCGGAUUUGCUGGAAUGAUGAUGCGAUGAGGAGCACAGGACAGCCUCUAGUUAGUCACUCGGGUUCAAGUAAACAGAAAGAAUACUCAGAGCAGAGCUGUGCAAAGGUGAUCAAAACAGAACAUGCCAGCUACCCACACGUGUCAGAACUUCAAUCCAGAAAUCUCAUAACCAAUGUCACUCUUGCUGUAAAAUCGGAACCUCAUGAAGUGGACAAAGGCUUCAGAAUGGACACUGAAGACUUCCCUGGCCCUGAGCUGCCUCCCCCAGCUGCAGAAGUGGCCUCUAGUGGACAACAAACACAGACCAUGAAGGCUUCUACCUCGAGCCCCAUGGAAGAAGUGAUUUCCUUGGCUACAGACACCCUAAAAAGAGUUCCAAGUGCAGGAAGUUCAAGCUGUCGACUGUCAUCUGUGGAGGCUAACAAUCCUCUAGUAACACAGUUACUGCAGGGCAACUUGCCUUUGGAAAAAGUGUUGCCACAGCCUAGAUUGGGAGCCAAGCUUGAAAUCAACAGGCUUCCUCUGCCCCUCCAAACUACCUCAGUGGGUAAAACAGCACCAGAGAGGAGUGUCGUUGAAAUGCCAUCCAGCUCUCCAAAUCCAGAUGGUAAGGGCUACUUGGCAGGUACUCUUGCACCACUCCAAAUGAGAAAGAGAGAAAACCACCCCAAAAAGAGAGUGGCCAGGACUGUGGGGGAACACACUCAAGUUAAAUGUGAACCAGGAAAAUUGUUGGUGGACCCAGAUGUGAAAGGGGUGCCUUGUGUCAUUAAUCCCAGCAUGAGUCAGCUAGGACACAGCCAGCCAUUUAAGCAAGAAUGGCUCAACAAGCACUCCAUGCAGAACAGAAUUGUUCACAGCCCUGAGGUCAAACAGCAAAAGCGGCUACUCCCUGCAUGUAGCUUCCAGCAGAAUCCAUUUCAUGUUGACAAAAAUGGCAGCUUUCACCCUGAUGCUGGUACCUCACACAGACAGCAGUUUUACCAAAUGCCCAUGGCUGCCAGGGGCCCCAUUCCCACUGCAGCUCUACUACAGGCCUCUUCAAAGACCCCAGUGGGCUGUAAUGCAUUUGCCUUCAGUAGGCAUCUUGAACAAAAGGGACUGGGAGAUGUUAGUCUUUCUUCAGCGCCUCACCAGCUAAGGCUAGCCAACAUGUUAUCACCCAAUAUGCCCAUAAAAGAAGGUGAGGAUGUGGGAGGUACUGUACACGCCAUGCCAAGCAAAACACCAGUGCAUGCUCCAUUGCCACCACCACCUCCUCCUCCCCCACCCCCUCCACCCUUGGCCUCCCCACCUCCCCCCCCCCCACCUCCGCUACCUCCACCUCUCCCUAAUGCUGAAGGCCCAUCUGAUCAAAAGCAGCCACCGGUUACCAUGGAAACCACUAAGAGACUUAGUUGGCCACAGUCUGCGGGCAUAUGUAGCAAUAUAAAAUCAGAACCACUUUCUUUUGAGGAAGGUUUAAGCAGCAGCUGUGAACUGGGCAUGAAACAAGUUUCCUAUGACCAGAAUGAAAUGAAAGAACAGUUAAAAGCAUUUGCGCUAAAAAAUGCAGAUUUCUCUUCCUAUUUGCUUUCUGAGCCACAGAAGCCUUUUACCCAAUUAGCUGCUCAGAAAAUGCAGGUGCCACAGCAACAGCAGCUCUGUGGAAAUUAUCCAACUAUACACUUUGGGAGCCCGAGCUUCAAAAGGGCAGCAUCUGCAAUUGAAAAGUCCAUUGGGAUUUUGGGAAGUGGCUCCAGUCCUGCCACGGGUCUGCCAGGUCAGAACGCUCAAAUGCCUGUUCAGAACUUUGCCGACAGCAGCAACACGGAUGAGUUAGAACUGAAAUGCUCUUGCCGGCUGAAAGCCAUGAUUGUGUGCAAAGGCUGUGGGGCGUUCUGCCACGACGACUGCAUAGGUCCUUCAAAACUCUGUGUAGCUUGCCUGGUUGUACGAUAG